UAGACCCAUCACGCCCCGGGCGCAUGGAGCCUUCGAAACAGCCACACGGCAGAUAAACCGGCUGAAUAAAAUCGGCUAUCGGUCUUCCAAGUCAUUCGAACUUCGAGUCUACCGGCGACACAAUCGCAUUUGCCCUCAAGAACCCAACAGCACUUCAUCAGUUUCAGUAGUUCAUUCGAACAUGCCGUCGCCCGUUUAUCAGUUGCUGAUAACUCAUUCAUCUCGGCGUCUGAGCGAGUCGCGAUGAAGUAAAAACCGAGGAUAGUGUGGUACGAACGCUUCCGGAACGAGAAGUACCAGAUAUCGAAAGGGGAUCAGAAGAUUCCGAAGGGUGUUUUAUUUGAACAUAUUCGAGGGUAUAUAAUGGUGGUUGAGAGAUUCGAGACGAUGGAAAGACAGGAACAUUCUACAUCGAAGCCGCUAUUCGGGAAAAGACACGUUCAAUAUCUUCUCCUCUUCAGCGUUACCGCUCUAGCUUAUGGACUGAGGAACAUUUUGAAUUUAGCAGUCCUCGCCAUGAUCAGCGAAAAUCCACCCGAAGGAGUAACAACCUACCCGGAGUGGACCGAAAGCAAAAACGUGAUCCUGUCGUCGUUCUUCUGGGGCUACGUCCUCACCCAGAUCCCCGCCGGUCAGCUGGCCGAGCGCUUCGGCCCCAAGCUGUUCCUCUCGGCCACCGUGAUGAUCUGCUCGCUCUUCUCCAUGCUCAUCCCGCCGAUGGGCGCCAGAUUCGGCCACGGCGGCGUCAUGUUCUGCCGCAUCGUGCAGGGCCUCACGCAGGGCUUCAUCUACCCGUCGAUACACCACCUGAUCAGCGCUUGGGUGCCGCUGACGAGCCGCGCGAAAAUCGCCGGGUUUGUUUACUCCGGCGGGCCACUGGGGACCGUCUUCGCGAUGCCUGUGGUGGGGUACAUAUCGGGGUCGAAGAUGGGCUGGCAGGCGGUGUUUUACCUGCUCGGAGGCAUCGGGUUCCUUUGGACGGCGUUUUGGGUGUACUUCGGAUUGGAUUCGCCGACUCUGCAUAAGACCAUCACGCCGGAGGAGCUGAAGUUCAUCCAAGAUGGAGUCGUUGGUAAAAUGAAGAAGGAGAAUUUGCCGACUCCUUGGAAGGACAUCGUGAAAUCGGUGCCGUUUUGGGCGAUAUUGAUCUGCCAUUUCGGCGACUUGUGGGGCUUCUGGACGAUGCUGACCGAAAUACCGACUUACAUGGAUAAGAUAUUAAAAUACGACAUCGCAUCGAACAGUUCUCUGUCCGCUCUUCCAUACUUAACCUAUUGGCUGUUAAAUUUGGUGAUGAGUCCUAUCGCUGAUUACCUUAUUAUCAAUAAGAUUACCUCUGUCGGUGCUAGUAGAAAAAUAUUUAAUAGUAUAGGCGUAUUCAUUCCGGCUGUUGCUCUGCUGGCUCUCGUUUUCAUCGGUCCCGAGCAGAGGGCGCUGACGGUGUUCCUGCUGGUGGUGGCGGUCGGUUUCAACACCGCUAUACUCUGCGGCUUCCACGUGAAUCACAUCGACAUUGCGCCCAAUCACUCGGGCACCCUCAUGGGCAUCACCAACGCCUUCGGCAACGUGGCCGCCAUCUUGGCCCCGUUGGCCGUCGAUUUCUUCAAGAGGGUCUGGAAAUACGAAGAAACGGAUAAAGAGCUGUGGAAUAUCGUUUUUCUGACGGCGUCCGUGCUGUUUUUGACCACCGGCAUAUUCUACGCCGUGGGGGCGUCCGGGGAAGUACAGCCGUGGAACAACAAGCGAUUCGAGAAAGAAGAAACGGUGCUGGAGAGGGAAAAGGAACCGAUGUACCAGAACGGUACCGCGUGAGGUUCGAAUAGAUAGUUGAUAGGCCGAAAUCGAUAUUGGUUGUUUUUAUUUUGGACAUGUUUUUUUUGUAAAUAUUUUUAUCUAGAGUUCUAGAAAGUUAGAGCUGGAAGUUUAUUGUAUAAGUAAGUCCCUUUAGAAACAAUAUGUAAUUUAUUUAUUA